ACGAAAUAUACACCGCCGAUAGUUGUUGACAAACAACGGCAGUAAUUUUAUUCAGCUGAAUACACGUUAUUGAUUGGUUGAAAUUACCGAAAUACGACAACUUUAACACGAAAUAACUUUGAAAAUAUAAACUUUUCUCAACAGCACUAAGAGUAAAAUAUGUUUUAUAUGACACAUUUUACCAGUGUCCGAAGUUUGAAAGUGUUUAGUGACAAAAAAUUAAUUUCUCGAUGUGCCGUUCAAAGGGAAAAGAUCCCAUUUUUCUUUAGAAACAUUUAGAUCAAAUUAUUUUGUUAGUACUAAAUCUAUCAGGUUUUGCAGAUGGAGUAAUUUAUAGAUUUAUUUUAUUAUUUUUAUUUGAAAUAAUUUUAAAAAAGUUUCAAUACAUUUGAAAAUGAUUCUGUAUAUUAGAAGUGAAUUUUUUUUUAGAAAUAACAGUUAUCUAUUUUUACUAGGCGCUUAUAUACAGGUACUAAGUACAUUUCGUUAUUUCAGCUUCCGAUUCUAUUUUUAUAACAUCUGUUUACUUCAAUUUCAAUGGCGUUAUGUGACUGUUGGUGUAAUUUCAAAAUAUUUCACUAGAAACACAUAUUUAUGUAGCAGAGCAGAAUAACAAUUGGUGUCGAAAAAUUUUUCUUACAUCUUCAAGUUUCAAGGAAAAUUUUAUACAAAUCUAUACCAAACAACAUGCAAAUAUUUCUUGCAUAUUGAGACUGAUAGCCAUAAUUCUUUUGUCUGGAAUGUAAACAACAUUACUUUGCAUUUGAAUCAAACUUGGACAGAUUUAAAAACGAGUUUACAACCCAAUCCAUGUACUGACCAAAAUCACAUAGAUGAAAUAUUUAAAAGGAAUAAAAUAUAGAAAUGUAAAGAAGAUAAACAUCUUUAUAUUGUCAUGAGAAAAGAAAAAGAAUAGAAGUUGAAUGAUGUGUGAAUAAGUUUAAAUAAAACACAGUUGAAAAGAAUUGAUUUGUGUAGUGAUAUGAAUAAAGAGAAAGCGAAAACACCACACCACUAUGAUAUUUGUGGGAAAUUAUUCUCUAACAGUCGUACAUUAACAACACACAAAUACACUCAUACAGGAGAGGAACCAUAUAAUUGUGAUGUCUGUGGUAAAUCAUUUGCUCAUAAGUCUAGCCUCAGCAGACACAAACGUAUUGUUCAUAGAGGAGAGAAACCAUAUCACUGUGAUAUCUGUGGUAGUUCAUUCUCUCUAAAUGAUUACUUAAAUAAACACAAAUAUAUUCAUACAGAACAGAAACCAUUUAGUUGUAAUAUCUGUGGUAAAUCGUUCUCUGCAACUAGUAGCAUAACUAGACACAAACGUAUUCAUACAGGAGAGAAACCAUAUCACUGUAAUAUCUGUGGUAGAUCAUUCUUGCAAAAUCACCAUUUAACUGAACACAUAAGAAGUCAUACUGGAGAGAAACCAUAUCACUGUGAUGUUUGUGGGAAAUCAUUCCUUCGACGUGGUGAUGUGACUAUUCACAAACGCAUCCAUACAGGAGAGAAACCUUAUUGCUGUGAUAUUUGUGGUAAAUCAUUCUCUAUAAGCAGCGAAUUAACUAAGCACAAACGUAUUCACACGGGAGAGAAACCUUAUUGCUGUGAUAUUUGUGGUAAAUCAUUCUCUGUAAGCAGCGAAUUAACUAAGCACAAACGUAUUCACAUGGGAGAGAAGCCAUAUCAAUGUGAUAUCUGUGGCAAAUCAUUCUCUCUUAAUUGUAAUUUAACUAAACACAGACGUAUACAUACAGGAGAAAAGCUAUAUCAUUGUGAUAUCUGUGGUAAAUCGUGCUCUCAUAAUCCACACCUAACUGAACACAAACGUAUUCAUACAGGAGAGAAGCCAUAUCAGUGUGAUGUUUGUGGUAAAUCAUUCUCUCAGAAUGGAAGCUUAACGACACACAAACGUAUUCACACGGGAGAGAAACCUUAUUGCUGUGAUAUUUGUGGUAAAUUAUUCUCUGAAAAGCAUCAUCUGAUUGACCACAAACAUGUACAUACAGGAGAAAAACCAUAUUGCUGUAAUAUCUGUGGCAAAUCAUUCCUUCGACGUGGUGAUGUGACUAUUCACAAACACAUCCACUCAGGAGAGAAACCAUAUCAUUGCAACAUUUGUGGAAAAUGUUUCUGUAUACAAAGUUCCUUGAUUAAACACAAACGCAUCCAUACAGGAGAGAAACCUUAUUGCUGUGAUAUUUGUGGAAAAUUAUUCUCUGUAAGCAGCAGCUUAACUAUCCACAAACGUAUUCACACAGGAGAGAAACCAUAUCAAUGUGAUAUCUGUGGCAAAUCAUUCUCUCUUAAUUGUAAGUUAACUAAACACAGACGUGUACAUACAGGUGAGAAGCCAUAUCAGUGUGAUGUUUGUGGUAAAUCAUUUACUGGAAGUAGUAGCUUAACGACACACAAAUGUAUUCACACGGGAGAGAAGCCUUAUUGCUGUGAUAUUUGUGGUAAAUCAUUCUCUGCAAGCAGCAACGUAACUGAUCACAAACGUAUUCACACAGGAGAGAAGCCUUAUUGCUGUGAUAUUUGUGGUAAAUCAUUCUCUGUAAGCAGCAGCGUAACUAAGCACAAACGCAUUCAUACAGGGGAGAGACCUUAUUGCUGUAAUAUUUGUGGUAAAUCAUUCUCUCAAAAGCAUCAUCUGGUUGAGCACAAACGUAUACAUACAGGAGAAAGACCGUAUUGCUGUAAUAUCUGUGGCAAAUCAUUCCUUCGAAGUGGUGAAGUAACUAUUCACAAACGCAUCCACACAGGAGAGAAACCGUAUCAUUGUGACAUCUGUGGCAAAUCUUUCUAUGUAAAGAGCUCCUUGACUAAACACAAAUGUAUUCACACAGGAUAGUAGCCACAUUGCUGGGGUAUCUGUGGUAAAUCAUUCUUUCAGUAUAAUUGCUUAACACAAAGUCAUAUAAGAAAGAAGCCAUAUUCAUACAAAGAGAAACUAUAUCAGCAUGAUAUCUUAACCAAACAAUUUCAGGACAGGAAACCUGGGGGUUCCAACCAGUAACACAUUCCAAACUGUCAAUAGACUCACACAAUGUAUGUAUUGUAAAUAAUUUUGUCUUUAAAGAGAAUGUGACAUUAAAUUAAUAAAGAUGAUGAACAGAAAUACUGCUUCCUCUGUAUCAUGAGAAUAUGGAUAUACACAUUGUGAAUUUUGAUAAAAAAUAAAUUUGUUGUUAUUAAAAUGACUGGGCAUCUAUCCCUGAUAUAUCUAUGAAGGAAUACUGAAAAGUUCCUGGCUUUAAGGAUAUUGCAAAGGCCUGGUUGGAGGCCCAACCUUCUGAGUUCUUUUGCAGGGCUUAGAAAAACUGAAGGACCACUGCAAUAAGUGUGUGAAUCUGAGAGGGGAAUAUGUUGAAUAAAAUCAUAAUUAACUAA